AUGGCCACAGACAUCACAAAUCAAGUAACAUUGACUAGCCGCUCGGUCGCAAGUUCAUCACGAAUCAAAGCACAAUCAGUACUCCAAUCCAAUCAACCAUGAAGUACACGAUCGCCCUCGUCUUCGCUGCCCUCCUCGCCGUGGUGCUGGCUGCCCCCGCCCCCGAUGCGGAUGCUCAGAUCCUGCGCCUGGAGUCGGACGUUAGGCCCGAGGGCUACAACUUUGCUUUGGAGACCAGCGAUGGCAAGAAGCACCAGGAGGAGGGAGAGCUGAAGAACGUCGGCACCGAGCAGGAGGCCAUCGUCGUCCGCGGAUCGUACUCCUUUGUGGCCGAUGACGGUCAGACCUACACCGUCAACUACAUCGCCGAUGAGAACGGUUUCCAGCCCGAGGGCGCUCAUCUGCCCAAUGUGCCCAUUGGCAACCCUCCACCAAACUGCAGUGGAGCAUCAGACAGUUGUCAGCAUUCUAAGGAACACAACAGCACCUUCAACAUGAAAUUCGUCAUUGUUCUCGCCUUCGCCCUCUUCGCCGUGGCCGCCGCCCGCCCCAGUGAUGUGCAGAUCGUCCGCCUGGACUCCGAUGUGGGAGUUGAGAAGUACAGCUUCGCCCUGGAGACCAGCGAUGGCACCAAGAAGCAGGAGGAUGGUGUGCUGAAGAACACUGGCCACGAGGAUGAGGCCAUCGUCGUCCAUGGAUCUUACUCCUUUGUCGGCGAUGAUGGUGUCACCUACACCGUCACCUACGUUGCCGAUGAGAACGGUUUCCAGCCCUCGGGCGCUCACUUGCCCGUGGCCCCUGCUGCCUAAUAUGGAUUUUUCCACACAAACGAUGAUGAAUGAAUAAAGAAAAAAUCAAUUUGUUUAAAACAAAAAA